AUCCCGCACGGAAGGCCGUUCCCUUUUACCCUUUCCUCUUCCUCCGCCAGCACCGGAAACACGAUCUCUAACCCUAACCAUAAAGCCGAAGCCGAAUCCCCCCCAAGCCGGCCAUGCCGCCGCCGGCGCAGGAGCGGUGGGCCAUCUUGGCCGGAAUCCCCAAGGUUGUGGCCACCGAGAAGGCUAUGGGCGUCCGCCCGCCGGUCAGCAGCAGCAUCUCCGUCGCGGUCGCCGAGCCCCCCUACGCCUCCGUGCUCACCGUGCCGACUCGCGUCUCCUCCGCCGCCAACAACCUCUGGUACCCCUACGUCGCCGCCGCCGACCCCUCCGGCAUGAUCCUCCUCUCCGCCACGCAGCCCUUCACCAACUUCUCAUGCGUCGUCUCGUACCACCUCUGCGACGCGCCCACCGGCAAGGUCGCCGCCAUCCCUCGGCACUUCCAGCCCAUGGGCCUCCACGGAGACAACGUUGGCCUCCUCCGGAGGGGCCGCGAGUUCAUGGUCGCCGAGCUCCGGCCCGCCGGCCACGGCAGCGGCCGCGCCACUCUCCUCUGCUUCACGGCGGGCAAGUACGAUUGGGUCGAGAAGAAGCUCACGUACUUCCCCCCGCUCGAUCGGCACUACUUCGGCGAAGGAGUCAUCUCCCACGGUGGGAUGCUCUGGUGGGUCGACCUCUCGUACGGCCUCCUCGCCUGCGACCCCUUCGCCGAUGCUAAAGAGCUGCUCUACGUCGCACUACCGUCAGUCCUAGACGAGCUGCCUUCUGAUCCAGUCAGCCGUGGCAUGAACCGAUGUGUGAAGGUUAGCGGAGGAAGGCUGAGGUAUGUGCAAAUCCAUGGCUGCCCCAAUGCGCCGGUGGUCACAAUGUGGGCACUCGCCGACCCUCCGUGCGCCGGGGACUGGGUCCUUGAGCGCAGCUUGCCUUUGGCUGAUGUCUGGGCCGACCAGAGCUACCUGGACACCACACUACCACAGAGUAUUCCAGCCCUUGCCCUCCUCCACCCCACCAACCCCGACAAUGUGUAUUUCUUCAUCAGCUCCUGCAUCUUUGCCGUGGACAUGCGGAUGAGGAAGGUGGUUGAAUUCGGUGACUUUUGGAUGCCCAAACCACCACCCCAUUUGAAGCGCUCCUCUCACUUCGUCCACGUAUGGCGGAAUGACCCUUCAUGCAGGCCAGAUAUUCUACCGAGUUGUUUCAGCAAGGAUAGAUUUUCUGUAGGGCCUGAUGUUAAAAAGAUGAUAAAAAGGUUUGCAGCUGCUCAGAGCAGGUCGACUGCUGCCAAGCCUGUUCCAUUUGCAGCUGCUCAGAGCAGGUUGACUGCUGUCAAGCCUGAUACGCACGACAAGGGUAUAAAGUUGAAAAGAGUUCGGGAUCAUGAUGACAUACUGAAGGAGGAGCUGGAAGCUAAAAGGAUGAAGUUGGAAGCUGUAUUUGCUGAAGUAAUAGAAUCACGGAAGAAGAAGCUGAUGGGCUCCGUAACGAUGAAGGUGCCGUGAGUGCAAUUGAUGUUUAGUUGUAUGUGGCUGAGUUCCAUUAUGUUUUAUAGGUGGUGUUAUUCGUGUAGUCGACUGCAACUUGGGCAGUGCAUUAUGUGAAUUGUUCUCCCGUGGCCUCUUGAAAACGAUGAGACAAACUCAGAGCGAAGCACGGUGUGCAUGUUACUUUGCCUUUCUCCA